CUUGAUCUUUGCGAUAACAACUUACGCCAUGGGAACAAAGUUCUUAGCUCUGGUUUUGUCUCUCUGUCUUGUUCUCUCAAGCUUCUAUGAAGUUUCUUGUCAGGAUGAAGGAACUACAGGUUUGAAUUUAGAUCUAAUCGACCGUGAAUACCAAGAUAAUGUCAAGUCUCUCCAAGGCAACGAAGGAGAAGAUCAAUCUGGUGGUCAGAAAAACAGUACAGUGACGGUUAAUAAGACUAUUUCUCUGUCUCUAUCAGAAGAAUCCGUGGAAACUCUUAAAGAUUCUGCUGAUACCUCGUCUCAGUUAGGAGCUGUUACUGAUGAAGUCGUUACACCUUCCAGUAUGUUGGACCAUAUCGAACUUGAGUUCCAAGCACAUAUCGAUGAACUUGAAAAGGCUGGAUCUGACGGUAUCAACAAAGUUGAUGAAUCCAAGGAUGAUGAAGAACUAGUUUUAGCUGCUCAGAGGAAGAAAAUGAUGGAGGAGAUUGAACGCGAGUUUGAAGCUGCUGUAGCUGGAUUUGAAAAACUCAAGAUUGACGGUUCCACUCAAGGAAUAGAUGAUGAACAAUCUGCAAUGAGACAAAGCAUGAUUGACGAGAUUGAACGUGAUUUUGAAGCUGCUACAAAAGGUCUUGAACAACUAAAGGCUGAUGAUUUAACUGGUGUCAGCGAUGCAGAACAUGCUGCAAAGAGACAGAAGAUGCUAGAAGAGAUCGAAAGAGAGUUUGAAGAAGCUACAAAAGGUCUUGAAGAACUAAGGCACUCCACUUCAAGCACGGAUGAUGAAUCACACUCUGCAACUAGAACAAGCAUGCUAGAUGAGAUUGAGCGUGAGUUUGAAGCUGCUACAAGUGGUCUUAAACAGCUAAAGAUUAAUGCUCACACUGUCCAAGAUGAUGACAAAGAACAAGCUGCCAGGAGACAGAGUAUGCUAGAUGCAAUUGAACGUGAGUUUGAAGCCGUUACCGAUAGCUUUAAACAGCUUGAUGAUCUCGCUGAUAACAAAGAUGAGGGAGACCAAUCUGCAAAGAGGCAAAGUAUGUUGGAUGAGAUUGAGCGUGAAUUUGAAGCUGCUACAAGUAGUCUUAAGAAACUAAACCUUGAAGAUUCCACUGAAGGAGAUAGUGAAGAAAAUGCAAGGAGAAAUAGCAUGCUUGAAGCUAUCGAACUCGAGUUUGAAGCUGCUACAAAAGGUCUUGGAGAGGGAAAGGCUAGUGAUUCAACUCAAGGCAAGGAUCAUGAUGAACACUCUGCAAGUAGAAAAAGUAUGCUUGAUGCUAUUGAACGCGAGUUUGAAGCUGCAACUAAGGGCCAUGUAGAAAAGACUUAUAAAGAUCAAGCUGAAACUCAGAGAAGCAGCAUGUUGGAAGAAAUCGAACGCGAAUAUGAAGCAGCUGCAAGUGCAAAGGCUUCUGGAAAAUACUCAGCAGCUGCAAAGAGUUCAUCAACCAUAAGUACAGUUCAGAAAACUUCUGGUGGAUCCAACUCUGGCUUUAGCGGUCUUCUAAAGUCUACAGAUGGUGUGUGUGGUUGUUUUAACAAAGGCACAGAUGGUCUUAAGAUUGACACAGAUUGUUCAAUUAACAUAGGGGAGAUACUCGCUGAAGAAUCAAACUUCCAGGGAUCAGAGAGCUCUAGCCUCACAACUUCACUGAACAAUCUCUUUCACACCCAUAGACAAGAAACAACCUCAAAGGUAGGCAAAGUCCUUGGCUCAUCUUUAACAGUCACUUCCACCGAAAGCGAAUCAUCCGCUACAUCGGAGAACAUAGACAGCUUAAAGGAAACCCUAAAGAAGCUACGCGGUCUAAGCGCACGUGACCUUGUAAACCAUCCCAACUUCGACGAGAUCAUAGAAGCCGGUACGCGUUACGAGGUACUCAGCUCAGCUUCAAUAGGUUACAUCUCUUUGCUAGCCAAAUACAAAACCGUCAUUAAAGAAGGACUCGAGGCUUCACAGAGAGUCCACAUCGCUCAAACCCGCGCCAAGCUUCUCAAAGAAACCGCCAUGGAGAAGCAGAGAUCCGUGGACGCCGAGUUCGCAUUCGCCAAGACACUUGCCCAUCAGGGAGACGCGUUGUCUAUCAAAAUCUUUGCGAUCAAGAAACUGUUGGUUAAGCUUGAAGCAGAGAAACUGAACGUUGAUCUAAAGUUUAAAUCUACAGAGACCAAUCUAGCAAGACUUCUUAAGGAGGCUUCUCAUGCUUAUGAAGAGUAUCAUGUGGCUGUGCGUAAGGCGAAGGACGAACAAGCUGCUGAGGAGUUCGCUCUUGAGACGACCAAGAGAGCUGAACAUAUUUGGGUUCAGUUUCUUAGUUCACUUAAUUGAACUAAUGAGGUUGUUGAUUGUGGUUAAGACAUGUGUUCAACUAGUUGUGGUUCUUGUCUUGUUUUUCUUGGUCUUGUUUUGUUACAGACUUUGUUUGUUGGUUAUAUCAGGUGAGAGAGGUUGAGUCUGUUCAUAGAU